CUAGUGCUAGUACUACUCAUGUUACCUCUCCAGGACUUUUCCAGGACUUUUCCAGGAGUUCAAGUCAAAUCAGUUUCAGUUUUUCAAUUCAAUUCAAUUUUAGCACCAAAUCACAACAAAAGUCACGUCAGGGCUGUUUGAACAUGAACAGCAGAUCCUUCUGGUGUCUGUCAGGUUUCAGUUAACAGAUCAGUUCAGAGUUGAGGAUCUGUGGCUCAGGUUUGAUGAGGACAGUUGUUUUAAGGGUUAAUGAUGCUCCUCCUUCUAUUUCUGUCACUUCUGCUUUGACUCGUCUCGUCCUGAACGUCACUGUGGUUUAACGGACAAACUGCUGCAAACUGUGAGAAGCGGCAGAGACGCUGAGACGAGCUGAGAGACAACUGUCAUUGGAUGACCUCAUCAACAUCAACAAAGAUCUUGAUCACAUGACCUCCCUGGAAGACAACAUGACUACGUUUCCCACCCAGGAGCCGUUCUACAGCAGCUCCACGACCGCUGAUGACUACGACUACAACGACUACUCCAACAACUCCGACUACAACGACUAUCUCGACUCCAACCUGAUGUGCGACCGUUCGUCCGUGCGGGAGUUCAGGCGUCUCUACGAGCCGCCGCUCUUCUGGCUGAUCACCGUGGUGGGCGGAGCCGGGAACAUGCUGGUGGUGUGGAUCUACCUGAAUGUCCAGCGGCGGCUGAAGACCAUGACGGAUGUGUACCUGCUGAACCUGGCCAUGGCUGACCUGCUCUUCCUGUUCACGCUGCCGCUGUGGUCUGUCGAGGCGUCGCGCGGCUGGAACUUUGGCGUCGCCCUCUGCAAGGUGAACUCCGCCCUCUACAAGGUCAACCUGUUCAGCAGCAUGCUGCUGCUCACCUGCAUCAGCGUCGAUCGCUACGUGGUCAUCGUGCAGACCACCAGGGCACAAAACUCGAAGAUGGAACGCCGCCGCUGCAACCGGCUGGUGUGCGUGGGGGUGUGGCUGCUCGCCCUGCUUCUCGCCACACCAGAGCUUGUGUUUGCCACCACAUCCAAAGUUAACGGGAACUUGCACGAGGUCUGCAGGAUGGUGUUCCCGCCACACGAGGGCAACCGCACCAAGAUCCUGGCGCUGUCGCUGCAGGUGAGCAUGGGCUUCUGCCUGCCCUUCCUCGUCAUGGCGUUCUGCUACAGCUUCAUCAUCGCCACGCUGCUCAAGACACGCAGCUUCCAGAAACACAAGGCCAUGCGUGUCAUCCUGGCAGUGGUGGUCGCCUUCGUCGUGUCCCAGCUGCCCUACAACGGCGUGCUGGUGAUGGAGGCAGCGCAGGCCACCAACAUGACCAUGACGGACUGCGAGGAGAUGAAGCGCUUUGACAAGACGGGGCAGGUGCUGAAGAGUCUGGCCUACAUGCACGCCUGCCUCAACCCCUUCCUCUACGCCUUCGUGGGCGUGCGUUUCCGCCAUGACGUGCUGCGGCUGCUGCGUGUCUGCCGCUGCCAGCAGGCGGCGCUUAAGAGUCAGCUGAGUAGGUCCGGUAGGAGUUUGGUGAGCUCGGCCAGCGAGAACUCGCAGGUGCUGUCGCUGUAGACCCGCCGCCUGUCUGUGCUGCAGCAGCUACUGUUGUCAUGGCGACACGCUGCACCCCUUCAUCACUCUUUCAUCAUCGCUUGCUCAGAUCCGCUGCGUCGUUUUACAAACUUUCCAACAAAUUUCAGUCGGACUGAUUCAGGAUCUGUUGAAACUUUUAAAUAAAGUUCUGAGAGUUUGAACAGAGUUUACCAAACAUAAAGACAUUUUAACAAGUUUCAUCCAUUCAUCUUAAAAUUCAAUCAAUUACCUGUUUUUAAUGAUGUCAUCAAGAUUUUAAUUCCACCUUAAACUCAUUAAUUAAUAUUUAGAGUUGAUGUGGAAAUUAUGUUUUUAAGGUGUUAUUAAGGUGGAUUUAAGGUGUUUUCUGUGUUUAAUUAAGUGAUUGUUAUGACAGUUAAACAAACCAUCAACAUGUUUAACUGGAAUAAAAAACGACCUUGAAUGUCUCAUCUGGACUUUUCAGACUUUUCAGACUUUUUGGACUCACCUGUACAGUGAAUGUGUGAGAUUUUUGGCUGCUGUUAUUGGAGUAUUGGAGUCAUGUGACCUUUGUUUUUCUCAGAUGUCUGCGGUGUUGCAUCACCCUGUUUCAACAGGAAACGCAUCUCAUGGAGGAGUCUGUCUGUCAUGUGACUCAUCUUUAAUUGUGUUUGUUGAUGUGAAGAGAAAGUCUUUCACUGCUAACGUGCUAACAUGCUAACAUGCUAACCCACUGAUGUGAGCAUGAUGUAAAUAGUUGUGUGUGUUUUGGUCAUGUAUGAACAUGUAACGUGUCAGACUGAGUGUACACGUCUGUUCACAACUCAGUGAUGAAAUUAAAGUGUGUUAAACA